AUUCAGGCGAGAAAACAACCGAAAACAAGCGGAGAGGAGCCGGAGUGAGCCGGCUUGUGCCUUUACGAGGGGGUCGCGGUGGUUCCUUUUAUUAUUUAUUUAUAUUUUUUUUUAUACAGCUCUUUUUCGUCCGGCGAUGAAUAAAAGGAGAUGAGGGGACUCGUGUCGCUUUACCGGGGCUUAGGCACCCUGAGUAACCGCCAAGCCGGACGAAAAACCGGGAUUUGGGGUUCUCGGUGCGGGUUUUGCGGAACUCAGCCACAGCCAAGCUUUGGGCUGUUGUUCGACAUUGAUGGCGUGCUGAUCCGGGGAAGGUUGCCAAUCCCUGCUGCAAAAAGGGCUUUUGAGAAGCUGGUCGACUCUCAGGGACAAUUUGUGGUGCCAGUUGUUUUUGUCACAAAUGCAGGGAACUGCCUCCGACAAACAAAAGCAGAUCAGCUCUCUCACAUCCUGGGAGUUCCCAUUACACAAGAUCAAGUCAUCAUGUCACACAGUCCCUUAAGGAUGUUCAAGAAAUUCCACGAUAAGUGUGUGCUGGUGUCAGGACAAGGACCAGUCCUGGAAAUUGCUCAUAAUUUGGGGUUUAAGAAUGUUGUUAGUAUUGAUAUGCUGAGGGAGUCAUACCCACUGCUGGACAUGGUGGACCACAACAGAAGACCCACACUGCUGUCCAGUCCUGUUGCAAACUACCCUAAGGUUGAAGCUGUGGUUCUGUUUGGGGAGCCAGUUCGAUGGGAGACAAACCUGCAACUGAUAAUCGACGUCUUGUUGACCAACGGUAACCUCAGCAGUAUUCACCAAACCCAGAAGAAGCCCCACCUUCCCCUGCUCGCCUGCAACAUGGACCUCAUGUGGAUGGCCGAGGCACAUUCUCCACGGUUUGGCCACGGAACAUUUAUGGUCUGCUUAGAGAACAUCUAUAAGAAGAUAACAGGUGAAGAUCUAAAGUAUGAGGCUCUCAUGGGGAAGCCCAGUGAGCUCACCUACCAUUUUGCAGAAUACCUCAUCCGAAGCCAGACCAUGCAGCGCCAAUGGAAACUUCCCAUUACUUCUCUUUACGCCAUAGGGGACAACCUCAUGACUGAUAUCUACGGCGCCAAUCUAUACAACCGCUACCUGGAGGAAAGAGUUGCUAGAAAGAACCCCAAAGCUGUUGCUAAGAUGGUGGCGGCCACAGGAUCCACUGCUGCAGUGUCCCAGGACGAGGAGAUGGACAACCUGUGGGAGAGCGAGCUGGCUCUGCCCUCUGCGACCUCCUGUAAGUCUGUCCUCGUCUGCACUGGGGUCUACAACCCCAAAGCAGAGGUCCCCUCCGACGCUAACCACUGCAUCAAGGAGACCGUGUUUCACGGGCACCGCGACUUCCGAUUCGACCCGGCGCUGGUGGAACCAGGCCACAUCGUGCAGGACGUGGCCGAAGCUGUGGACCUCAUCUUUGAGCAGGAGAAGUUUGUGCCUCAGUAGAGUUUUAAAGUGACAUACAGGACAGUAAGUCAUCACGCAGGCUCUAGCAGAGAAGGUGUGGAGCAUUGUUCCACUUCACGCAUAAGGCACGGGUCAUACUUUUACGCAUUCCAUGUGUCCGCUCAGGUCCACGUGACGUAAUUUCCAUGGUGGUCCACAUGAAACCUACUCAGUCAUUGGUGAGUCAUGGCCUUUAAGCACUGACUGUACACUGCUCCCUGUAGCACAACACUUUCCGGUCCAGUUGAUCGAAUGCUCUUGUUUUGAUCUACACAACCCAGUUGUCAAAGAAUAUGAGGACAAACAAAUGCCAGCGUGACACAGAACUGUGGGCACAUGCACGAGCAUGUGGAAAUGCGAUGCUACACAGACACAGUGCGAAAAGUGUGACCCAGGCCUAAACCUGUAGGAGCCUAACACUGUGCACUAUGUUUUAUCACCUGACAUUUACAGCAUUUACAGAAUAAAGGUCAUCAUCUAAACCUUCAACACUAAAAAAAACGGAGGAGAAAUGAAUUGGGAAUCUGUUACUAACCUUACCGCUACCUUUUUUUAAAAAUAGUCUUAAACAACCUAUUUGUCGUUAAGGAAAAGUGUAAAAAAAACAAAAAAAAAACAGCCUUAUUUUACCCCUAGUAAAUAUUUUUUAUUAUCUAACUAACGUUUAGAUUAUUACAAAUCCUGAAAUCCUCUUAUAUUUAUUAUGACAAUUUACAAAUGUUUUACAAUUCCCAUGACAUUUUAGUUUUGUCACUUGUAAUGGAAAAUCUAUGCAUGGAUGUGAGAGUGAUACUGUACAAAAACAACACUUAGGUGUGCAAUACUGUCCUCUAAUAGUACUGUCUGUCUGUCUGUCUGUCUGUAUUGUGUCCAGCUGUGAGAGCCUUGAACAGUAUUUGCACAAAUCAGAGACUGCCAUGUUUGUCACGUGUUACCAUGUCGUCCAGCCAUAACCCAUCCAUGAUGAUGAUGAUGAUGUUGUAGAACAUUUUAAAUCCAGGAGUAAAAUUUUAUCAGAUUUUAUCAGUUUAUUUAGAUACGAGGACGAUGCAAGGACAAAACCUUUCACUGCUCCACGUUUGUAAUAGUCCACUCGUUGUAAAUACAGGAACAGAUACUUGCA